CGUGAUCUUUAAUCGCUUUGCUCUUCUUCGAAUCUUCAACAGAUGUUCAUACGGAUUCAACAUAAAGCGAAGGAGAAGAUGGCUUUGAAUUUCCCGUCGCUGACGCCGAUUCGGUACACUAUCUGCCGGUUCUACAACACGCCAGCUGGGUGUCAGCGUGGCAGCGAAUGUCCUUACAAGCACCAGAAACUCGAGUCUGUGAAACCAGCGGUUGUCGUAGACGACUCGACGCCGAGGAGUAAAGAAAUUUCUCAAGUGCUUGAGAAGUUCCCCUACUCUGAAGUUGAAGGCGACAAAAUCCACACCGCGUUCAAACCCUCCGAUCCCGAAUUCCCCUUCGACCUCGACUCCCUCGAAUUCACCCUCCUGAUCCCCGCCCGCUACCCGCUCUCGCCCGCCGACGACGAGCCCGAAGAUCUCGACGCGGUCGCGCCGUCGAUCGUCGUGACAAACAGCGACAUCCCGCGCGGCUUUGCGCUAAACAUCGAGCAUGGCUUUCUCGACUUGAUCAGCAAGCCCGGGCUGUACACGCGGUCGCUGGUGGAGAUGGUUGUGGAGCUGGAUAGGCGGUUGGAGGAGUUUUUGAAGGCGCAGAAGAGGGAGACGAUUAAGAUUGUGAAUAUUGCAAAGACGACGACGGCGGCGCCUGCGCAGGCAGAGCAGAAAGAGAGCAAAGAGAAUAAAGAAUACAACGCUUUUGACGAGUGGGGCAUCGAUCCCAACCACGGCAGCAAAGAACCCACGACCGAGCCAGAGCCCGAGUUCACUCCCCAGCAACUUCAAGAGGCCCAGAAACGGCGCGAGCGCGAGGUCAAGCAACUCCUAGUCCGUCUCCCCUCAGCCAAGAUCAUCCGCACGAGCACAGAAGACGACGAGCCCGACAAGUUCGCGAUCCCGUUCGAACCCCCGGCACAGCUCAAAUCUGAACUUCCCGCCUCGCUCGCGGGCCUGACAUCGUUCACGCUCGUGGUGCCGAAGCUGUACUGGCUUGCGCCGUGCGAGGUCGAGGUCGAUAUCGCGGAUCGGGAAGUCAAGGAUGCGGCGGAGAACGGGUUCAAGAAGCAUGCGUCUGAGCGGGGUGAGUUUUCACUCUUUGCGCAUGCGAAUUUUUUCGUGCAGAAUGUGGGGAAACUUGCGGUUUCGGGAGGGAGCGAGAGCACUGCGAAAGAAGACGUAGAGCAGGAUGGAGAGGAUGAGUACCGGAAUCCUCCAGAGUGGGAUAUUUUGGACGAUGACGAGGAGGAGGAUGAUGAUGAGUACGGGUUCGAUUACGACUCUGUCGAUUACAGUGAAGGAUGGGAGCAGUUAAACACUGCCGACGCCCAACUGAAAGACAACGGCGGCGAAAACAGAGUCAGCGACGACGACGACGACGACGAGCAAGGCGCGCAAGAAGACGCGAGAAAAUUCACACCUCCCGCGAACGCGACGGCAUUAAACCUACCAGGUAUCAAACUGCUCAACGUCGCGGUGCUAGAGUGUACGCUUCUAUCCCUAGUCGUCAAGUGCACGCGCUGCAAGACCGAGGCCGAAUUACGCGACAUCCGACCGCACGCGUCGACAGCAAACUCGGGCGCUCACUCGCAGACCUGCGAGAAAUGCAGCAGCGUGCUCGCCGUCGACUCGUUCUAUACCGAGUUUGUUCACCCUCCCAUCGCCGAAAGAUUGGGCUAUGUCGACCUGCUGGGUUGCACCGCUGUCGACAUCCUUCCGAGCUCGUUCAGACCUACCUGCGCCGACUGCUCCGAGCCCGUGUCCGGGACCGGGAUCGCCGGUCUCGGUCUGGCGCAGACGAUGAGCACAAACUGCCGCAACUGCCACAGCAAAAUGUCAAUCUUCAUCCCGUCAAUCAAGUUCAUCCGCGUGUCGGACGAGACCGGGCAGGCGCUAACUGCGCGCGACGUGUCAAAGUCGAAAUCCGCGGCGGCGAAGAAACUGGGGAUCGUAGCCGGCACGCCGUUGCCGCUCAACGGAACGUGCCAGCACUACCGGCGGUCGACGCGGUGGUUCCGGUUUUCGUGCUGCGGGCGCGUGUUCCCGUGCGAUAAAUGCCACGACGAGCAUAGCGAUCAUGUGAACGAGCACGCGAGUAGGAUGGUGUGCGGGAUGUGCAGUCGCGAGCAGAAUUAUAUGCCGGAUAAUUGCGCGUAUUGUAGACAUUCGUUUCAUCGCAAGUCUACUGGGUUCUGGGAAGGCGGGAUGGGGACUAGGGAUAAAGUCAAGAUGAGCAGGAAGGAUCCGCGCAAGUACAAGCGUCGUUGAAGCUCUAUAUUACAAUCAAACUAUGUACA